AUGGACCCUCUACACGCGGCUGUGGUUGCGGAGGCAGCUGCGCGGGCCAUUAAAAACUACGAGGACAGCGAUGGGGUAUGGCCGGAAAACCCUGGCGCACAGGGCCGUCACAAUGGCGUAGGCAGCGCGCACAGCACCAAAGACGAGUCGCAGGAGAAAUUUGUGCUUGAUCCGGCCUUACAGCUCGAACUGGAGAAGUACGGCAAGCAGGAAUCACACGAUACGCACGAACUCGAGCACAAGAAGCAGGACGGACAGCUGUUUGCAACUAGCGUUUGUACACGGUGCAAGAAAGAGUUUACGCAGAUGCUCGGUAAACAUUAUCGACUGUGUUCGCACUGUCGCGAGCUGCAACGGCAGCGGUCGCGCAGAUGGCAGAUGAGAACAAAGGAGAAACAGGGCGUGUGCAGACGGUGUGGCGUGGAAAUCCCGCCUGAGCAUGCGCAGUUCGUUCUGUGCGAGAACUGUAGAAUGUCGCUGCGCUCAAGAAAGGCGAGCCGAGCCGCGCUGGGCAAGUGUGUGCAUUGCUCGGGGCCGAACGAUUCGAUCGACGCGAAGUUCAAAGUGUGCUCGCGGUGUCGGCAGAACGACAAGAUCCGCCGCUCGAACUUGGAAAAAAUCGGGGCGUGCAACAGAUGCGCAAAGCGGCUCAAGGAGUCCGACAGAGACCACAAAGUGUGCGAGAAGUGCCGCACCAAGAAAAAGCGCGGCCUCAGCGCCCCGUCGACGCCUAAUAAACGCGUCGCUCUGGCCACAGAGCAUCACAACGGAUCCAAACAUAGCGUACAACAGGCAUCGGCAGAGGCUGUGGCAGCUGCAGUGCUUAAUGGACAGCAGUCUGGACAUGACCAGGACAUCAUGUUGCCCGAUAACUUCCAUAAUUUGCCCCAAAUCCACCACUCGCAACUGAAUCAACAGCUGAACCAGCAGCUGCACCAGCAGCUGUCGCAGCUAGGGCAGGAUCACUCCUCCUCCAACACAGACGAGGACGAGGGCGGGAACUCGUCUAACGGCGAAGACGUAGGCGGAUCGCUCACGAUUCCAAACCCAGAUCGGAUCUGUCUCAAGUGCGGCAAUCAUAUACAUAUAGACGACCUCAGCUUCAACCCUGCGGCCAACAUCUGUUCGAAGUGUCUCGAAAACGACGACGACCCAGAAACCACUGCCAACCUUUUCAUGAACCCCGAGGGCGAUGUCAUUGGCAAGAAUGCCUAGUCGAUGUCCCUGGUGCACGGGUGUUUAUGAACCGCUGUUGCGGGAUAGGCUAUGCUGCCCGCCAGUGAGAUUAUCUACCGUUUCUCCGUAUAGACAGUGGGUAUUGCACGGUCACACGCACGGCUAGCUGCCGUAUGUAUAAGUACAGGCCAGGGCACAAGAAAGACGUAUUUGUAAUACUAGGUUGCGCGUGGCACGACCAAACAGAACACAGAUUCAAAUAGAUGACAUGACAUCAAAUAAGUGUCUCGGGAUUCGGCACCAAAUGAGGAGCUCCAAUUCUACGGGCAGGACCAAACGAAGACAUAAGAAACAGUAUUUUUUAGAGCAGAAAAACGCCUGGGCACAUGAUCCUUAUCAGCGUUUUUUCGCGCAAAAAUUAGGCGAGCCUCUGCCACCUGGCUGGCGAAUUUCUGUGGAUAACAAAAAUACAAGAUUCCGUCAUGAAUACCUGCCACUCACGACCCAGCGAUCUAUGCACCACCCAUCAACUGGUCCACGAGCUGGAAGCGAGAAUAUCUAUACCACCCCGGAAAAGUCGCCGUUGUCCAGUGGCUCCCAACGGUCGGUGCAGAUGUCCGUAAGCACUGCCCGUUCUGAUUGCUCCUGCUAUCCGUCCCCCGACGACUCAGCAAUAGCCACGGACGACUUGCCGAGACCUAUCCCUAUAAGCUCUCUUGUCAAACCUGAACCGCCUCUUGAUCUUGCAGAGGUCAAUCAAUCCCACGUCAAGUACGUCGGCUAUUCAGGCACCAACUUUGCACUGUUGAGCCGAGCGAAGAAAAAAAGGAAAGAAUCCAAACUUAGAAUCGACACUAGGGCAGCAGUCUCGUGAGAGAUCAUCAGUUGGGCGUUCUGAAAAUGUUCGACGAAAACCGGAUUUUUUUGCCAGCAGGACUGUUGUUCUCGUGCGCUGCAGGUUUGGACUUGGCUCCCAAUUUUUUAGUCUUGCCUUUUUUAGACUUCGCCAGCUUUUUGACUACUCCUUUCUUCAAGGCGUCUGCAACCGUUGUCUCCUCAUAUUCGUCCUCAUCGUCAUCCUCACCCAUGUGGCUGCUAUCAACUGCGAUUGCUUCAUCUAGCCGCCGAAUCAUGUCUUCCAUAUCCAGAUUGCCUGUUGCAAAAUUUGGGCGCUGCUGCUUACCGUAAGGUGAGUCAAACAGUUGCUUUUGGGUUGCAAACUGGAGGUGCAAGGUAGGCUCUUCUUUUGCGAGAUCUCGAGCGUUCGAUUCUGGCCGCGACUCAUAUGAAGGUGUGGAGAUUUUCGAAGCUAGAGGCGCAAUCAGCGAGUCUCCCAGGUGCUGCUCCAUUGAUACUUUGGCCUCUGACUCCACGUACUGCUUCCGCAUAUAAGAGAAUUGAUGCCGCAUCUUCUCAUACUCCCGCUCUAAUGUUGCCAGCUCUUUGCUGUCUGAGUCACGAGCUUUCUCUUCGUCUUUGAAGAAGUCGCCCGUCGAAACCAUUUUCGGCAGUUUCGUGCCUGCAACGGCGUUGUUGCUGCGAUUGGCGUCCACCACAGUUGUGCCAUUGAUGAUGACGCCAGAGUCGGGGUUUCUGGCGUCCCAGAUCCAGUACGCAUGGCUCGAUGCCGAUGGUGGCUCGCGCUCUCUCAGAUGGAUAUUGUAGAGCGGGUUGGAGGCCAAUUCGGGAAUUCGCUCGAUGCACGUGCCCAGAUAGUGGUCUCUGGCGGGCAGGUAGUUGCCAAAGGGGCAUUUGUCGAUCAAACAUCUGAGGAUAUGGGCUCUGGAGGCACACAGACAGCUGAAAUCCAGGUGGCUUUUGGCGCAGAGGUGUGCCUGGUCGUUGACACAGGAUAGCGUGCAUGCGGGAGGCAUGGCCACCGCCAUGGCUGCGCACGCUAUCAAUGAAAGAACGCUGGCGAUAUACAUUGAAAGGUAAAUAAGGGAUUUAUGACAAGGAUUUUUUCUAGCGCUGAGGAAGUGGGC